AUGGAAGGCCGAGGAUUAACUCUGAGGAGCAAGUCUCGUCGGCAGCGCCCUCAGAUCAGCGCUCCCAAACCCAUCUCCGGUCCUCUACCUCCUAAUACCAGGUCUCCCGAGUCAGGCCCAUCUGCAAUCCCCACACGUGAGCGGGCACCCCAGAACGACGCGACAUCGGAUUUGGUGAAACGGCGAUACUCGACUCGAUUCAAUGGCGCACCUGAAUUUGAUAGUAAUGCUCCUCCAGUUCCGGCACUUCCAACUCAGGUGCCCGGGGGUCGUGGCGGGUUAGCACCGGCAGCUAUUCCGAGGCUCCCAUCACCAGCGGACCCGAACUCACCAGCACCCAAAGUCGACCUCAAUGCUCUACGAGAUCCUAGUCUUCCAGUUGAUCGAUAUGUGGCCGGUCUUCUCGCCAACGCGUCCGAGGAAGAUAUCCAAAAAUACCAAGAAAGCCUACGCAAAGUGAAGAACCGAACAUCUACCGAUCUCCAGCAAAAUGUCUAUCAGAAUCGCACCCAAUUCAUCAAGAUCAGUAAAGAGGCGGAGAAGCUGAAGGAUGAAAUGCGGACCCUCCGCACCCUCAUGGCGGAACUGACAACGGCGCUCGGACAAACAAGCGUAGGAAAUUCACCUAAUCCCAUGUCACCGAUGGAAGACUCUUUCCCUAAACGCAAUGCCAAUCGCAGCUCGGUUGCCAACCUUGAGAUCGAAGGGUCACAAAAGUGGCUUCCAGCCGCACCAGGACGGCACAUUGUCCUAGAAACCGGUAACUGGGUUGAGUUGGACUCAGCCACCUGGAAACCAAGACGGCCCGUUCACAUUGUGUUGUUGAACGAUUACCUGCUCGUGGCUGCGAAGAAGCGCAAGCGGGUCGACCAAAGUCACCCCAACCACCGAGGACCUGUUCCAACGAGGCUAGUGGCAGAAGAUUGCUGGCUUCUUAACGAUAUUGAUAUGAUUGACCUUGGUGCCAAUUUGGGAACGGGGCAAGCGCGCGAAGAGGCUUUGGAUCGGGGCAUUGGGAGAUCGAUCAGCAUCCGCGUGGGAUCCAAACCGUUUACAUAUCGCCAUGAUGACGUUUCAGCGAAACAGGAACUUCUAGCUACUUUCCGCAAGACAGUUGAGGACCUACGUCGAACCAUGCGCUCGGAGACCGAAGCAGCCAGCAAGCCCUUGGAAUCAUAUGGAUAUAUGGCUGGUCGGCACAUUUCCCAUCCGAAAAAGCCAGAGGCUUUCGAGCUCUCCGAUACUCCAAGAGACAAAUCUGAUCUGCGCAUUGAUGUGGAUGGGAAGCAACAGAACCUCCGUUGGGUGGAAGGGCAGGUGGACGAGCUUGAUAUCGAUAUCGCACUUCAGCGAUUCGAGGCGUCUGUGUUCAGCAUCGAGCGACUACGGAAAUUGGCCAAGGGUCUCAAGGGCAAUACCAUUGCACAAGACGUCAUCAAUUUCAAGGUCGAUGGGCGAGCGACUCGGCUUGCUGGUAUUCUCUCGCGGGCACUGGUCGACAAGCACUCAUUCCCGGUGGCUACCAAGACUCACGUUACCUGGUUGACUCGGGCCUGUAUCUUCGAAGGUGAUCUACCUCUUUACAUUUUCCAGAUCUCCUAUGUCUAUUUUACCCUGAUCAAGAACACCAUCAGUAUCUAUCAACAAUGCUUCCCUAGCGUAAUGAGCAGCUCAUGCAUUCGCUGGGCUAAACAUCACCUCGACGGGUUCAAUGCUCUGCUCAGCCGACAGCUUAGUAGCGUCCAGCGUGGCACAUCGGUCUGGCAAAAAUGUCUCGACAUUGUGCACGAUCAUGCGGCUCUCUUGGUGGAAGUGGGCGUGGAUUUCACAGACUUGGUGGCUCGUGGACUGGAAGAGAACGGCGAAGGAUCGUUUGAUGGGCCACGCACCGUCCAACCGGGCGAACUGGCACAGGCACCAUCCGCGGUAGCCAUGCUGUAG